GUAGGUCAUGCAUAAAAGUUGAAAGUGAAGUAAAACAUGUGGUUAUAAGUAGGUAGCACUCAGCUCAGCAUUGCGGGCUUACUGAUCCAAAAUCAGAUGUUCCAAAGAGAAAGAGUGGAAAGGGUGGUGAUAAUAUCAUCAGGUCUACGUGUAGAUCUGGCGAGAUGGGUUCUGAUGAACCUGCCACUUAAACAAGGAGACAUCAUUAGGUUGUUCAGACUGGUGCAACCGUUCGGCAGGCCACCAUCCUUAGGUUGCGGAAUAUGCUUCUCAAAGCCUACAAACUAUGAAAAAAGUAACUGGACUACUUCUACUCUCACGCCAGGAAGGAGACUGGAUACAAGUGCGACCAUUUUACAGAAACAAGAAAGCAUAGAAAGAGAAAUCAUAGAAAAACAAGACGAGUCUCAGUCGAAUAUCGAGAUCCAACAUAUAAUCCGGCUUGCGGAAUCUAGACAGAUUGAUUUUGACACAUCGGCAGAGGCAGGAAACUCCAUGAAAGAGUUUGCAGUCCAGGCUGCUAAGGAUUUUGGAGCAACCUAUGUGGUGCUAGACAGUCCUAGGAAGGAAGAUCAAAAGUAUGUCAUGGAUAAUCUUACGUGUGCAAUCUUGAUGAUGAGCCGUACGGGUCGAGUAGAAAUUUUAAGAGAUCCCAAGCCCGAGGACGUUCAUCCACACAAUAUUACGCAUAUGCAGCAGGAGUUGAUAUUUGAUGAUAAUAUUUGCACGAUAUGUGGACACGAAAGGCUGUUGAAUGGUGGUUUCUUCACACAGUUCAGUUAUGCAGAACUUGCUUUCUCGACGUACGGGUUUUCUCAAAAGUAUGUUUUAUCAAAGUCCAGAAAGAGGGUUUAUAAAGGAACUUUGCCCAGUGGGUUGCAGAUCAUCAUAAGAAAACACUUUUUUGCGACCAUCAAAGAAUAUGAGUUUAGAUCGCUUGCACUAACACUAGGCAACGUCAGGCAUGAAAAUGUAGCAACACUGCUUGGAUUUUGUUCCGAAGGAUAUCACAGGUUCCUUGUGUACGAAUAUGUUUGCCAUCAAUCACUCAGCACACAUUUAUCAGAAAUUUCAUGUGUAGCAAGAAGUGAAGAGUUGACUUGGGAGAGAAGACUGAAAAUAGCCCUAGGCACUUGUAAGGGAUUACAAUAUUUGCAUACCAACAACAUUUUUGGAUGCAUGAGACCAAAAAACAUUCUUCUAACGCAUGACUUUCAUCCGCAGCUUGCCAACUUUGGUCUGACAAAAAACCCAUACGAGGACUUAAAUCACUCGUCUGAAGCAAGGGUCCUUAAGACUUUCGAGUAUCUGGCCCCCGAGUAUGGUGAAACUGGGACCGAUUCAAGCAUCACCGAUGUGUAUUCAUUUGGGGUGGUGCUCCUUGAGUUACUAACAGGUCGAAAGACUCUUGAAGAGACAUGGGGGAAAAGCUUUUUGAGAUGGGCAAGGCCUCUACUAGAAGAAAAGGUGUAUAUGGAAUUGGUAGACCCAUCAAUAAAAGACAAUAUGAACCUUCUUCAACUGGUUUUGAUCGUUCGGGUUUUAGAAAACUGUUUGUGUUAUGACCCGAGAGAAAGAUGCUCGAUAUCAGAGGUGGUAGCAGAUCUGACCCACAUUGUUGAAAUCCAAGACCACUCUCCUGCUCAGUAGUCUUGUUGAUCAAAGCUUCGAAUCCUAGAUGUGCUCAGCCACCACUUAUACUUCAUUGCUUUACUUACACCUUCAACUAUUGUCAGUCAGUCAGUCAGUAGCCAACCAAUUUUGUACAGAAUUGAAGCAAAAUCAUUUCUUUUUUUGGUAGAUUUGCGUAUGAGGUAGGAAGAAAGAAUAUUAUAAAAAUAAAGUUUAUUGUUGUUUGAUGACAAAUGAUGAGAAGGCUGGCUGGCUGGCUGGCAUAUAGGGAACAGUAAUUGGUAAAUUUUAGUAAUUUA